AUGCUUUUGCAUGAAUGUUCAAAGGCCUCCAAUGAGGUGAUAGCUUGUGUCCCCAAGGCUACACAGGAUGAGAUGCUGGCUGCUGUGGACUCCUGCUCACACUCCUACUGCUCCUGGUCUGAAACCUCCAUUUUGGCGCACCAACAGAUCUUUCUGCACUAUCAGCAGCUUAUUAAGGACAACAUUAAAGAGCUUGCCAGGAGCAUUACUCUGGAGAAGGGCGAGACCCUGGCAGAUGCAGAGGGUGAUGUGUUCAGAGGAUUGCAUAAGUCUCAUCACACAUGCAGCAUCAACUCCCUGAUGCUGGGGAAGACCCUCCAUCACCAAAGAUGCUGCCUGCCCAUCAGGCUGUGUGCCGGCAUCGCCCCCUUCAACUUCCCUGCCAUGAUCCCUCUGUGGAUGUUCCCCAUUGGCAUGGCGUGUGGCAACACCUACCUGCUUGAGCCAGCCUGCAUCAUGCUCUUGGCCAAGGUGCUGCAGGACGCUGGGAUGCUAUACGGGACCCUGAACAUCAUCCAUGGCUGGCAGGACGGUAAGAAUACCUUAUGUGAUCAUCCAGCCAUCAGCUCUGUGGGCUCCAACCAAGCUGGAGAGUACAUCUAUGAGAGGGGAUCCAAAAACGGCCAGAGAGUACAGUCCAAAAUGGGAGCAAAGAACCAUGGUGUGGUGAUGCCUGAUGCCAAUAAGGAACAGCUGGUGGGUGCGGUGUUCGGGGAACCAGAACAGCGCUGCAUGGCCCUCUCCACAGCCAUCCUGGUGGGCGAGGCCCUCAGCUGGCUGCCUGAACUGGUGGAACGUGCCAAGGCUCUGCGCGUUAACGCAGGGGACAAGGUGUGAGUGGACGUGGGGCCCCUGAUCUCUCAGGCCAAGGAGAGGGUCAACAGCCUGAUCCAGAGUGGGAUGGAUGAGGGAGCCCAGCUGCUGCUCAAUGGCAGGAACGUCAAAGUCCAGGGCUAUGAGAACGGCAACGUUUUUGGACCAACCAUCAUCGGCAAUGUCACGCCCCAGAUGAAGUGCUAUACUAAGGAGAUCUCUGGGCCUGUUCUGGUGGUCCUGGAGGCCGAAUCUUUAGAUGAUGCCAUCAGCCCGGUCAACAAUAACCCCUAUGGCAACAGCACAGCUAUCUUUACCACAAACGUAGCCACAGCACGCAAAUACACUCAUGAGGUGGACGUAGGCCAGAUUGGGAUAAAUGUUCCUAUCCCUGUUCCUCUGCCCAUGUUCUCCUUCACUGGCUCACAAGGUUCUUUCAGAGGAGACACCAACUUCUACGGCAAACGGGGCAUCCAGGUUUACACACAGAUCAAAACUGCUUCACAAUGGAAGGCAGAAGAUGCCACUGUGCAAACUCCUUCAGUUUCCAUGCCAAACAUGGGACGCUAA